AUGCGGUCGUUGUUGAUCGCUCUUCUACCCGGUGUAUUCGCCGUCGACAGCAGCAAGUUCAAGACUUGCACCCAAAGUGGCUUCUGUGAUAGAUAUCGGGCAUGGACGCGACUGGCGGAGGGGACCAGGAAGCCCUAUAUGGUACCACGCACGGGCUUGAAGGAGAUCUCUCAGUCAGUUUUCGAAGGCAGUUUGCGGCAUUCGGCUCUACCCAAAGACCAUCCCGCACCGCUCACUUUCCAGUUACGUUUUUACGACGACAAUACGAUACGUUUCACCGUCGAUGAAAACGACGAGGUCGUCCAGGGUGUUCGUAAGCGCUAUAGAAUCCCCGCGAAUGACGUUAUUCGCGAGGACCGACUAAAGCCACUGCAUGGUGUCAAGUACGUUUUCGAACCCAGAUCGGCAACUUCCACUUUCGAACUUGGUGAUGCUACCACACUUACGUUGGAUCAUGACAAAGCGAUCAUCACACUGUCGGUGGAUGGCCGUAUCGUGCAGACGAUCAAUGGCCAACAGCAGCUCGUUGUUGAGGGCACCAGACGACAACGAAACGAUAAAUGCCCCUACGGACUGGCGAACCUUUCCGACACCUAUAUCGAUCCUGCUUGCUCCCCUGGGAACCACUCGGGCUUAUGGGAAGAAAGUUUCCACAGCCAUACGGACCACAAGCCCUUUGGCCCGUCUCUCGUGGGUGUCGAUGUGACAUUCCACGGCAAAGUCCCGGCAGCAUACGGCCUACCCGAACAUGCCACUACAGCACAGAAGCUCAAAGCUGGUGGCGAUGAGGACGAUGCUCUCUACCGCUUCUACAACCUGGACGUGUUCGAAUACGAGAUGGACAGUCAUGCGGCUAUCUACGGGUCUAUCCCUAUCUUAACUGCCCUACACCGCUUCGGGGGCAAGUCGAGCGACAUCGCUACUACUACUACCACCACUUCGUCGUCGUCGGUGCUUUGGCUGAAUCCAUCGGACACGUUCGUGUCUCUAACUCAACGUAAAGAUACUGGGACAUGGAGCUCCUUGAUAGAGGGGCUCAUCUCUGGAUCCUCUACUGCCGAGCCGACGUCGCUCACUUCAUGGUUCGUCUCGGAAUCGGGCAUCAUCGACCUCUUCCUCUUCCCGCAGCGGACCCCUCAGAAGAUACUCAAUGCAUACCACUCUCUCACCGGUUUGGCCCCUCUACCGCCGUUGUUCAGUCUGGGAAAGCACCAAUGUCGAUGGAACUAUAAGGACGAGUCCGAGGUGCGGGAGCUGGUGGCCAACUUCGAUAAGUACAACAUUCCAGUUGAUGUGGUAUGGCUAGACAUCGAACACACUGAUCAUAAGAAGUAUCAUACAUGGAAUGAGAAAUACUUCCCUGACCCGAAACAAAUGCUUGAGGACGUCAAGGCUGGUGGGCGAGAGAUGGUCACCAUUGUCGACCCUCAUAUAAAACAGGACACAACGUACUUCGUAUACUCAGAGGGUCUAGCCCAAGAUGUCUUCGUUAAGAAGCGUCCCGACGAGGUCUAUAGUGGUCACUGUUGGCCUGGAACUAGCGUUUACCCCGACUUCACUAACUCCUCUGUGCGACAAUGGUGGGCGAGUUACUUCAAGGCUGAUGGGGUCAACGCUGGAUUCUAUACGUGGAAUGAUAUGAACGAGCCCAGUGUAUUCAAUGGCCCCGAGGUGUCUAUGGAUCGGGACUUGAUACACGGAGGGGAUAUCGAGCACCGAGAUGUGCAUAACAUAUACGGUCAGUACUUCCAUAGGGCUACCUUUGAGGGCCACGCUAAGCAUCGUCGACCAGGCCAGCGACCAUUCGUCCUCACCAGGAGCUUCUAUGUUGGUAGCCACAUGUAUGGUCCUAUGUGGACAGGAGACAACGAGGCCAGCUGGCUGCACCUGAAGGCAGUCUUGCCCAUGCUUGUCACUUUAUCAGCAACUGCUGGGUACUCCUUCGUUGGCGCUGACGUGGGGGGCUUCUUUGGUCACCCCGAGGAGGAACUCUUCACUCGAUGGCAUCAGCUUGCCGCGGCUACCAACCCAUUUUACAGAUCUCAUGCACAUAUUGAGUCCCCCCGGAGGGAGCCCUGGGAGUACAGCGAGGCGGCUCGCAAUCGUGUGAGGGAAGCAGUGCAGAGACGGUACCAAAUGCUUCCUCUCUGGUACACACUUUUCGCCCGUUAUUCGCUUUAUGGGGAGGCCAUUUUGCGCCCAUUAUGGUUCGAUCAUUUGCAUGACGCCAACACAUAUGCAUGCCCCGUAGAUGGGUGUGAUGAAAUAUUGGAUUCUCAGGUUGUACUAGGCCGUGAUGUUAUGGUCCGAGGAGUGGUCGAAAGUGGGACCAACAACGUGUCGGUAUACCUCCCAGAAGGGGCUCGGUGGUAUAAUGCGAAGGACGAGAUGAUGCCAGUCGGAAUGAACGAGAACAUGGCAGUGACUAUGGACACCAUACCGCACUUUUAUCGAGCUGGCAGCAUUAUACCGUUGAAGAUGCGACAACGGCCAUCCACUAAGGCGAUGCGUGAUGAUCCUAUCACUCUGGAGGUCUUCGUCGAUCCCAAUACUAAUACGGCAGAGGGACAGAUGUACCUUGACGAUGGUAACAGUCUGGAUAGUAUCGACCGGGCGGACUACACACUCAGCACUAUCAAGCUUGACGGCCAGAGCAUCUCUAGUACAGAAGUAUCGGGUAAGGGCGAUUUCAGCAUCCUUGUGGAGAGGAUUGAUAUCAUUGGAUUGUCUAAGGCAGUUAGAGAACGGAUUCUCAAUAACCCGAGCGUCUCGGCUAAGAUGAGUCAUGCGUCAGGGAACCGUGUGACUAUUAAGAGGCCGAGCGGAGUGGUCAUAGGAAAGCCCUGGUCAGUUGAUUUGACCGCGAUCCAAACCCACUAGUUUUCUCAUGUUUUUGAGUUCUGACAUUUUUCA